UAAAUAAUAUAUGUAUAUUUUAAAAAUAUAGAAAUCAAUUAUGGCGAAUCUCUCUUCUGAUUUUCAGACAUUCGCAAUGGAUGAUCCCAUAACUCAACUUGCAUAACUCAACAACACGCUUAACCACUUUCAGACAAUGUUCGCUUCUCCUUUCUCUUCUUCUCUCGACUCUCUUUUCUUUCAUUACCAACAACACCAACAAUUUCCGGAACAUUUCCCCGGAAAAUCUCCCGAAAACAAUGGUUUUCAUCAAGGGAUUUUACUCCCUAAUUAUAAUACUCACAACAACGACGAUUCUUCUUCAGGAAUCGAUACCAAGAAGAGAAAAACAUUAAUGGAGUCCGUAUCUACGUCGGAGAACAGUGUCUCUGAUCAAACUUUAUCUACCUCUUCUGCUCAAGUUUCGACUAAUGGAACUAAAAAUAGUGCUUUAAGGAGAGGGAAAAGGUCGAAGAACAGAGAAGAAGAGAAAGAGAGAGUAGUUGUUCAUGUUAGCGCCAAAAGGGGUCAAGCCACUGAUAGCCACAGCUUAGCAGAGCGGGUUAGACGAGGGAAAAUCAACGAGAGAUUGAAAUGCCUGAAAGAUAUAGUGCCCGGAUGUUAUAAGGCAAUGGGAAUGGCUACGAUGCUGGAGGAGAUAAUUAAUUAUGUCCAGUCGUUACAAAAUCAAGUUGAGGUUUUAUCUAUGAAGCUUACGGCAGCAAGUUUGUAUUAUGACUUUAACUCGGAGGCUGAUGCUGUUGAUUCCAUGCAGAAGGCAAAGGCACGUGAGGCAGUGGAAAUGGGGCAAGGGAGGGAUGGGAGCAGUGUCUUCCAUUCAUCAUCAUGGACCCUUUGACUUUUGUUUUUUCCUCUCUUUCUAAUAUGCUCCUAUUUAAAUAAAAAUACUUAAAAGAUUGAUUUCAAUAAUUUGGAUACCAAAGGAUGAUAUGUAUACUGUGUA